CUUCAAAAAAAAUUAUGAAACGAGCUCCGUGGUUGCAAUGGCGUCCUGUUACGAAUGAUAUGCAUGCGCAGAAGAGUCACGAGGAAGGAAAGACAUGCAGCGCCACUGCAACGGAAGCCCAGCCGAGUGCAUAGCAGAUAGCGCUGUGGACUGUGGAGUGUGGAGUGAAGUGAACGAGCUCUCAGUCUCUCACACACUCUAGCUGCUCCUGCUUGCUUGGCUGCUGCUCUCUCCCACUGUCUCGCCGUCUUGCUCGCACGCAUGGGCGUUGGCCGGGGUUCCUGCUCCAGCCACUGAAGACGCGGCGGCGGCGGCGGCUCCUGCUCAUGGCAGGAGCUCAAUGCGGCACAGGACCGCGCGCCGGGCCGCUCCUCCUCGUCCUCGUCCUGUGCGGCUUCCUUGUGCUGCUCGUGCCUGCGGCUCGGCGCGGGGACGACGACGAGACGGAGGAGUUCCCCGUCGCGUCUUCCGCUUCGUCGUCGUCGUGGCACUGGCACGCCGCUGAUGGGCGCCGCCGUGCCCUGCCGCGGCCGGCCGCCGCGACGUGGCCGUGGCGCCCCGCCCAGCCCCGGGCGCGCGGGAGGUGGAACUCCGCGGGGCAGGACGGCAAGCACGAGGUCCCCAGUGGCCCCAACCCGGACUCCAAUCGGUAGCCGUAGCCAGAGAGGUGGGUGGUCGUGAACUCCGAUCCGCCGUCUGUGUUUGUUUCGGCGAACGGCGACCAAGCUCCCUCCCUGUCCCCUGCUCCUGCUCCUGGAGGCCGGUCGUCUAGCUAGGCCUGGCCGUCGUAUCGCUCCUCCAUGCUUCUUGCUGCUCCGUGCUGGAGCCAGUACGUGCGUCGUUUGCUUGCUGUGUUGUAUCUUCUUCUUCGCCGUUCUCUUCGUUAGAGAAUGAACAUGACCAUCAUCUGACGCAUGCAUUGCUC